UUAGACCGCAUUAUCAUUUGUAUAUAUAUGAUUUAUAUGUAAAAACAAUCGUUUUUCUAGAAUCUACUCUAGUGUCUCCAUUCUCAACCUCUGUAAAAGUUUUUGCUCCGACCGAUCAGUUCCGGAGAAAAGUUGAGUGGAUCCUCCAAAAACUUUCAUGGGUCCAGAAGAUCGUCAACUUCAUGUCUUCCUCUUCCCUUUUAUGGCUCAUGGCCAUAUGAUCCCUUUUAUGGACAUGGCUAGACAAUUCGCGCUGCGUGGGGUGAAGGUCACCAUCGUCACCACCCCCUUGAACGCCAUCCUUCUUUCCAAGACCGUCGAUCGUGAUAGAGAGUUGGGUAUUGAAAUCGAUAUUCACUCAAUCCCAUUCCCUACCAAAGAGGCAGGGUUACCAGAAGGAUGCGAAAAUGUUAAUUCCAUAACCACGCCUGAACUGAGUUCCAACUUCUUCAAAGCUCUAAACAUGCUUCAACAACCGUUCCAGAAGCUCCUUGAAGAACACCACCCCGAUUGUAUUGUUGCAGACAUGUUCUUCCCUUGGACCACUGAUUUCGCCGGCAAACUUGGAAUUCCAAGGCUGGUCUUUCACGGUAGCUGCUUCUUCUCUUCCUGCGUCCCUGAUAGCAUCAGCCGUUAUGCACCCCACAACAACGUUUCAUCGGAAACAGAGACCUUUGUCGUGCCGGGUCUUCCAGACCCCAUAGAGAUGACCAAGUCACAGUUGCCUGAUCACAUGAAAAUCCAGAACGACUUCACAAGGGCUAUGGAGCAAAUAAAGGAGGCCGAGGUAAAGAGCUACGGCGUCGUGAUGAACAGCUUCUACGAGUUGGAGCCAGCUUACGCAGAACACUACAGGAAAGUCAUGGGAAGGAGGGCAUGGCAUAUAGGACCGCUUUCACUUUACAACAGGGAAAAAAUAGGUAAGGCGGCUCAGAGUCGGAGGGGAAACACAGCCUCAAUCGAUGAAAAUGAGUGCUUGACUUGGCUCGACUCAAAGGAGCCCGAUUCGGUUCUCUACGUGUGUUUCGGGAGUGGGCCUAGCUUCAGUACUGAUCAACUAGUGGAGAUUGCAAUGGGUCUCGAAGCUUCUGGCCAUGCAUUUAUUUGGGUGGUGAGGAAGGAUGAGACGUCUGCAGGGUCUGUGGCAGAAGUGGAGCCAUGGUUGCCUCAAGGGUUCGAGGAUAGGGUUGGAAGCAAGGGACUGAUAAUAAGGGGAUGGGCACCUCAGGUUUUGAUUCUUCAGCAUCACGCCAUCGGAGGGUUCGUCACUCACUGCGGCUGGAAUUCCUUACUGGAAAGCGUGUGCGUGGGGGUGCCCCUGAUAACUUGGCCCGUUACUGCGGAGCAGUUCUACAAUGAGAAGCUUGUAACCCAGGUGCUGAGGAUAGGAGUCCCGGUGGGUGUCCAGCAUUGGAAUUCAUGGUUGGGAAAAAGAGAACAUCUAGUGAAGAGGGAGGAGAUAAAGAAAGCGGUGACUCGGUUGAUGGACGGUGGAGAUGAAGCAGCGCAGAUGAAAGGUCGAGUAAAGGAGCUCAAAGAGAUGGCGAAAAGGGCUAUUGACCAGAAUGGAUCUUCUGAUACCGAUUUCACAUCUCUGAUUAACGAGUUAAAGCUGCAUCGAGAUAUGGGUGACAAGUUUGAUCUUUGAUGUCCCUAGCUACUGCCUAAUACACUGUCGAUCGUGGUUUCUUCUUUUUCUUUUUCUUUUUCCUUUUCCUUUUUUUUUUUAAGGAUACUUAGGAUCGCAUUUUCCUAGUUAUCUCAAGUCUCAACGCAAAGAAACGCCUUGAUACGAAAAACUUGUGUACUUCCUCCUCUGUAAUCGAUAUCUCUUUCUUUGCUUUAUCAUA